CUUAACCUAAAGAAUAAACAAGCAAAGAGAUGAAUCGUCAUGUUUUAUCGAUACUCGCUUUGAUUCUUCUCUUAUUCUCUGCGUUCGACAACGCAGCAGUGGCUCGAACCUUAACCUUGCCGAGGGAAGGAAUAUCUACAGGUAUAAAAGUAGGUGUCUCAAGGAGUGUAUCGCCGCCAGCUCGUAAAAAAGGACCUGGAGCUCCUGGACAACAAAAUCCUUGAUCUCUUCCAACGUUUUAUGUAACCAAUAAAUAUGGCCAGAUUUGGGUCAAACCUAAUGAAAGAUUGGUUUGGCCCCCAAUUAUUUGUAGUCUAUUUACAUAAGAAUAAGUACUCAAUUAUGAAUUUUUUUAAUAAGAAUUCUUAACAAUGUUUAAACAAA